GCCCUUUAAGGGCCGCCCCCAAGGAGGUGCCAGGCCGAGGUGGCUCGGCCGGGCUCUGCUCCUUGCUUUCCUUCCUGGUCUGGUCUGGCCUGGCCAGGCCUGGGCUGGUUGUUGGGCUGGUCUGGUCGGGUCGGAUCGGGUCUGUGGGAGGGGGCUGCGCCUGGAGCCCUCCGUCCAGCCGCGUGAGCGUGCAUGGCCCUGGUCACAGUGAGCCGAUCCCCCUCGGGCAGCGGCCACUCCACCCCCGUGGGCCCCGCGGAUGAAGGGCUGAGCAGGCGGAGCCAGCUGCAGCGCAGGCAGAGCUUUGCAGUGCUUCGUGGGGCUGUCCUGGGGCUCCAAGACAGAGGGGAGCCCAGCACCGGGGAUCAGGACAGGUCAGAUGACGAGGAUGACCCAGAAGACGAGGAGCCUUCCUCAGACCAGCCUGAUGGAAAUGGCCAGGGAACUCCAGAGCCCUCGAGUUCUGGGAAGCAAGAGCAGAGGCGGCACCUACGCCUCAUGGUGGGGUUGCUGAGGGCCCAGGACAAUAUCCAGCUGGCAGUACAGUUGGAGACCACCCGGCCUCAGUGGCUCAGGUACCUGCUUGUGGUGUCCACUUCAGAGCUAUUAAGCCAGGAUGAGACUGUCCUCCUGGGGGUCGACUUCUCCCAGAGCAGUUCCCCCAGCUGCACCUUGGGCCUGGUCCUACCCCUCUGGAGUGAUACACAAGUUUACCUGGAUGGUGAUGGGGGCUUCACUGUGACAUCCGGGGGUCAAACAAGAAUCUUCAAGCCUAUCUCCAUACAGACCAUGUGGGCCACCCUCCAGGUGCUACACCAGGCAUGUGAGAUGGCACUGGGCAAUGGCCUGGUACCCGGAGGCAGUGCCCUUGCCUGGACUGGCUACUACCAGGACCGAAUCACCUCGGACCAGAGCUGCCUCAAUGAGUGGAUGGCCAUGGCCGAUCUGGAGUCUCUCCGGUCUCAGCUGCCCAGUGCAGACUCUAGUGGGCACUCUGAACGAGACCAGAUGGAACAACUCAUCCUGGCCGAGCUGUGGGAUGUGUUAGACACCAGUGACCUGGAAAGUGUCACCUCCAAAGAGAUUCGCCAGGCCCUUGAGGGCCGCCUGGGCUGCCCCCUGCAGCAGUACCGAGACUUCAUUGACAACCAGAUGUUGGUGCUCAUGGCCCAGCGAGAUCGCGCCUCGCACAUCUUCCCCCACCUGUACCUGGGCUCUGAGUGGAAUGCAGCCAACCUGGAUGAACUGCAGAGAAACCGGGUCAGCCACAUCCUGAAUGUGGCCAGAGAGAUCGACAAUUUCUACCCGGAGCUCUUUACCUAUCACAAUGUCCGGCUCUGGGACGAGGAGACAGAGCAGCUCCUGCCUCACUGGAAGGAAACUCAUCGCUUCAUUGAGGCCGCCCGGGCCCAAGGCUCCCGUGUGCUGGUGCAUUGCAAGAUGGGGGUGAGUCGCUCAGCCGCCACCGUCAUGGCCUAUGCCAUGAAACAGUACAACUGGGGCCUGGAUCAGGCCCUCCGGCACGUGCAAGAACUCCGCCCCAUUGCCCGGCCCAACCCCGGCUUCCUUCGGCAGCUGCACACCUACCAAGGCAUCCUCACAGCCAGCCGCCAGAGCCAUGUCUGGGAGCAGAAGGCUGGUGGUAGGGCCUCCCCGGAAGAGCCUCUGGCUCAAGAGGCCUCCUGGUCACCUCCCCCACCCGCCCUGGAGCCAGGGGGCAGCGGGGACUGGAAGGCUGCAGAAGGGGAGGGGCAACCGGGAAAGCGGAUAGAGGGGCCUGGCCCAGAGGGGCUGAGACCCCGGCCCCGCAUGGACCUCCGGGGGAUCAUGAGGUCCAUCAGUCUGCUGGAGCCCCCAGACCUAGGGAGUCACCCCGAGACCAGUGAUCUGCCAGAGGUUUUUUCUUCUCCAAACGAGCCCUCCGGUGAGGCUCCCUCCCAGGCUUCCAGGGACAAAGGGGAACCGCGGCCCGCCCUGUUCCCCCGAAAGUCCGUGGCCGCCUUGCACAGCGCAGCCCUGGUGGCCAGCCGGAGCCAGGCCUUCCAGAACCUGGGCCAGGGGGAGCCUGUGGAUGUAGCUAAGCCCAGGGCCCGGAGGAUGGUGAGACAGGCCAGCGUGGAGAGCAGCGGAGAAGAGGGGGGGCCCUGAGCCCUUCCAGACACUAGGACGAGGUCACCAAACAGAGGGACCUCGCACUCCUCCUCCCACCUCACCCCCUUCGCCCCUGGCCUUCAGCCAUCACCUCCACUGAUAGUACACUGAUGUCUUCCCAGGGCCUAGGCCUUACACUUCUCUCCACUGUCCAUCUGGGGCUGGGGGCAGGGGGAACCUCUGGCCUCGAGACCACACGUGGCCCUCUAGGUCCUCAAGCAUGGCCCUUUGAAUCCAAACUAAUAAAAGGAUUUGUUCUGCAAAACUUGGGCUCAGUCAAAAGCCAUCCCCAAGGACUUAGAAAGGCCACGUGUGGCUUUUGGGCGGUAGGUUCCCCACCCCUGAUCUAGGGAAAGGGAGGCCAGGGCACAGGAUUCUGCAGUAUUUUUGUCUGUAAUUAAGACCUCAAAGAUCCAGCCUUGGGCCCCAAGACCACCUGCCCUGGCCCCUGAGCCUCUAGUGGUCUGUGGUUUUCCCUCCUUCCUAAGGGGAGUAAGUCACUCCCUCCUCCCCAAGCUGGGGCUCCCCAGGAUUUAGCCAGGGUCAUCUGACAGAAUCUCGAAGGGGCAGGGGACUCAUCUCCUAGCCCCUCCCCCCAAGGACACAGGGCAUUUUCUGUUACUACCAGAUGGAGGCAUUUCAAGGCCUGGACACCCUGGACACCAGGGCCAAGGUCACAGCCCAACUGUGGCUGUCUGCCUCAGGCCCACCCUUCACAGCUAGCUCGAGUCUCUUGCUGAGGCCUCGGUCUGUGGACUCUUCAUCCUUGGAGGGACAGGUAGCUCAGGGGCAGAAGGAGAAGCCCACCUAAGUCAGCCGGGAUGGGGGCCGCUGUCUCCUUGGACUCUCCAGUCUCCCUCCACCUCUGGGCUUCUGUAACUUGGGUCACCAGACCAUGGGCCAAGGGAGGCCCGAGCUGCUUUUACACACACACACACACACACA